UUAGGGAGUGCGGAGAGGCCAGCGCAGGGGAAUCGGAAACUUCCCCUGGGUUCACGCUGUACCGGGGAGAACUAAACAUACAAAUGCCUUCUAUGGGUCAGGGGCUGUGAUGAGUGGCUUCUCCACACCUAUCCUGUCCAGUUGGCAUUAAUGUCCCAUUUCACAGGCGAGGAAGCUGAGGCUAUUGUCGAAUGAGGACAGUGAAGCUUGGAGGUCAAACUAGCAGGGAGUGGAGCCAGGCCUGAGGGAUUCCAAAGCCUACUUUAUCCACCCUCCCCCCAUCUCUCUCUCUCUCUCUCUCUCUCACAGACACACACACACACACACACACACACACACACACACACACACGCCAGACAAGGCGAAAAAGGAAUCUUUCUAAUCCUCAAUAAUAAUCCUCACUCAUCCUUGCUAAUUAGGCUGAAUCAACUUUCCCGCGGAAAGAAAACGACUUAAUUGGAUUCACAGGACACACCUACAGAGGCUUUGUGAUUUCAUCCAGUUCCCACGUCACCUCUGUGAGCUGUUCUCAGAUGGUCAACAAUCACAGCUAAUAUUUACUAAGUGCCUGUUCUUGAUGUCGAGUGACUGGUGCUCAGUAGACACCAGCUUCCUCCCUUUCUUCCUGCCUGCUUUGAGGAGAAUAACAGAGGAGAUCACCAAAGCUUCCCAGACGGGAGUGACUUUUAAAAUACCAAAGAAAAAUCAGAAGAAUUGGGUUGGAAGCCAGACUUCACCAUUAACCAGCGACACCCUGAGAGGAAGUGUGGGGAGUCCGUCACAACCUUUAGGAGCCAAGUUGCCCUGAAAGAUCAUGAACUUGUCUUCUGAACACUGCAACAUAUCAGAUUGGCUGAGGCUGGAGGCAACAGUGAAGGCCUCUGUAUACACAGUUGCCUUCUUCUUUGCCACAUUUGUCACUGUCAUCAUCAUCACGAUAGUGUCACAGAAUUCGAAGCUGAAGAAAGAGGUCCGAUACAUCCUCCUGUGCCACCAUCUGCUGUGCAUCUCCUCCUACUGCGGCCUGGGGGUGGUUUUCCAAGGGAUGCGGGCUCUGCUGGCCAACAGUCCUAUGCUGGUGUGCUGGGUGGUAUUUGGAGUCCAGCUAAGUGUUGGAGAAGGGAUCCUCUUCACCCUGGCCUUGAUGGCUGUCAACACGUACCUGGCCAUUUGCUGGCCUUUGAAAUCUCUGUCCUUUGUAGAUUCAGUUAAGUAUAGGAUUCUGGCUGGGUCUUGGGCAAUCAUUAUAUUCAAGAAUGUUUGCUUAUUCCUCAUAGAGGGCACUAACCCCACUCAGGGUGCUGUUUUUAAAUCUGAACCCCUUUGCCCUGUGAUCUUGAAUGGCUCUGCUGCCAGAGCUAUUGGCAUGGUUUUCCUUUUCCUUCUUCUGUCCAUCAUUCUUAUAAGUUACUCUCUGAUCUACCAAGAAGGGAAACGGGCUGGCCAUUUUAAUAGAUCAAAUAUCAAAGCAAGGAAAACAGUCCUUAUUCAUUUAGUGCAGAUGGGUUUACAUGUAAUACCAACCCUGAUAUUCAUAGGCUUGGGAAAGAUGUGUGGGGUGUUUUUCUUUGCUUUAAAUCUGGUGCUUUUUGGAGUCUUUGCAUUUGCCCAGUGUCUUAACCCUCUGAUCUAUGGGCUCUGGAAUAGAGAGCUGCAAAGCAGAUUGCACCGUUGGAUGUGCUGUCAGCGUGGUGUGGUCACAUGAUGACCAACAGAGAGCCAGUUUAACCUGAAACACAGCCAUUUUGAAUCAAUAACUCUAGCCCUAAUGGAUCAUCAGCUGGGCUUGAGGACUUGCCUUCUACUCAACCUAAAAUUGGUGCCUUGGUUUGAUGUUGAAAGCAAUACGAAUAAGUCAGAGUUAUUAAUCUGGCUUGCAAACUUCGCUGCUGUGUACACUGAAUUGGCCUCUGUGAGAUCAUUUUAUGUCUUUAAUUCUAAACCCAGAUCAACAUUCUUAGCAGCAUGUCCUACUGUGUUUCAAUAAUGAGGCAGCUUUUGAGAAUGCACUUGAGAAUGUUUUUAAAAAUUGACAAACAGUCCAUGGUUGAUAUGAAGAGAAGAAGUUAACUUGGCUUUUCCUCUUAUAUUAAUUAAGCAUAGGAUUGGCUAUAUGUAACAGCAAAACAGAAACAAAAUAACAAUGAUUU